GGCGCCAUUGCCGUCUCUACCGAAAAUCCAGACAAAGCACGAGCUACGCACGCCCCCGCUGCCUCCUUUCUGCCGUCCCAACGCCGCCGGAGUCUGUCGCCACCGUCGCUGCUCUCCCGCCUUCACCGCGCCCAACUCUCGUCCUUGCCUCCCCUGCGCGCUUCAGCCGCUUCACUCCCCAUCGUUUUCGCCUGGCCAGACAUUUCGACGAGCACCAACCAGGCGGCCACGCUGCACGUGUUCUACCUGUUGUUCGGUCGCACUAGCCCGUGCUCGGACGGUGGCGGCGAGUACGACUUCGUCUGCUUUGUGGGAGGGAGCACCGGUGGGAACGAUGACGAGGUCGUCGAGCUCAUCGUCGCCGAGAGCUCCGAUGACUUUGACGAGCUGUCAGGAGGUGGGCCGAGGGAUGUCGUCUGGCUGUACGCGCUGGUGUGGCGGGAGAGGCUCCCGCCACUGGAGGCAGACGACUCCUCCGUCUUCACGACAUCGCAAGUCACGAAAGGCUUCAAAGCUUCUGGGCAAGCGCGGGGGAGAACGGAGCGACGAGUCGUGGGAUAGAACAGAGCGGCGAGUGACUUCCAAGCAAGCGCGAGAGUGAACAGGAUCUACUGGGACCAUGGAUCAAGAAAAAAAACUAGAAGUAUCUAAUACCAGCCAUACUUACAAGCAUCAUUGUAGCGUUGGAGUUGACGUCCACGAGAUCUUUGUUAAGAGGAGCAGAUUGCGGGUUGUUCUGUCAUACAUUGGCAUUAUUUUCCUUCUUGUGAAUGCCUGCCAACCAUUGCUGACAAAGGAGAGCCUAUCUCUUGGGUCUGUUUGGAAUAUUACCUUUGCUGUUCUGGUCGCCAAAUGUUUGCAAUACAAACCUGUGAAGAGAGAAUCAGUAGUGAUAAUGCCAGCUUUUGGAAUUCAGCUAGAAAUACAUUUUUGGAGUGGAAGAGUUGAUCAUCGUUUUGUGCCCGUUGGCAAGAUUCUCAAGCCAAUGAUAAAUGAGUGCGUGACACCGGUGACCUGUUACUGGAGCUUGGCGCUGCUUCUGCGUGAUGAAGAGGAACUUCUGCUCGUUUUCCAGAGAUCUCGUCCUCCUGUCAAAAUGUUGGUUCCAAUAUGGAAAGCUCUCUGCACGUUGACAAACUCUCAACACCCAAGCCCUUCUCAAAUUCCUAACCAUGACCCUUGAGGAACAUGAGUUAGCUGGGGCGUUGUGUAGAUGUACGUAUCAUCAGAAGAGGCACCUGCAGUUGAGCCAGAUUCAGAUAGGAACUGUUGAUGCCACCAUAGGACGUAACCAGUGCUAGGGGCAUUGAUUGUUAGGGAGUGAUUUCGGCUGGAAGUGUAUACGGAUAAACACUAGCAAUUUGUGACACUGAAUACUCUCCUUUACUUGCAUGCUUCAUUUUGUUGGAUAUCUGAAUGAGGUGCUGAAUAUAAGCAAAUUUAAGUGAAACUUUGGUAUGUACGUAAAGAUGCAAACUUUUGUUAAACAAUA